AUGUUUUGUAUAUAUUUUUAUUACAGAAACUCGCGAGCGCGCAAGAAUCACGUGGCUCGCUUCCACAGAGAAGGGCUGCAGUGUGACCAUUGCAAAAAACGUUUCGUUAACAGAACUACGUUGGCAACACAUCUCAAACUCCACGAAGGUCCGUUGCCUCGAUCAGAAUGUCCGAUAUGCCACAAGAUGGUCCGAGUGAUACAAUUGAAGUAUCACAUUCAGAGACAUCAGAAUAAGAGUCGAUACGAAUGCACAGACUGCAACAAGACGUUCUCACAUUUAGCUACGUACCAGGCGCAUUUGAAGUAUUCUAGAGCCCACGCUUCAGAGCAGGUGUUCAAAUUCCCUUGUCCAAUGUGCAAGAAAGGGUAUCCAACCAAAGAAGCGAUGCAGGAUCAUUUCAAUUACCAACAUUUGGGCAAGACUACACAUAAGUGUCCUAUAUGCAAUAAGCCCAUAGCCUCCCGAGCGAAUGUAGACAAACAUAUGAUGAGGAUACAUGGCCAGAAAAAGGAGAAACCGCGGACGCAUAUAUGUCAAGAGUGCGGGAAGCCGUUUACGGACAAAAAAGCGCUAACACAACAUGAAGUAAUCCACUCGAGUGAACGACCUCUCUCCUGCGACAUAUGCCAGCAGACGUUCAAGCAAAAAGCGUCCUUAUAUACACAUAGGAAGAGAGUACAUAAGGUAAUACCUAACAAGCGGCUCGUGGAGUAUAUGGACGAUGAUGUACAACAUUGUAAGGUUGAGAGAUUUGUUGUAUGAGAUUGGGGUCAAAUGAGUUAAAUUCGGGGUCGAAUGAGUUGAUUUUAAGAUCAAAUGAUUCAUUCUGGGGUCAAUUUAGUUGAUGUUGUAAUUAAUAGGUUGAGCCUGGGGUCAAAUGAGUUGAUUAUUUGGGGUCAAAUUUGUUAAUUCUGGUGUUAAAUGAGUUGAUUUUUUGGUCAAAUGAGUCGUUUUUUUCGGUCGUUUCGGUAAUUCUGUGCGGUCGUUGGAGUAAUCUAUCAAAUUUCAUCCCCAAUUUGAUUGCAAGCUGUAUUUUUCUAAUUUAUCACUAUUUUUAACGUAGUUAUAAUUUUAUUAUACGAAAUAUCCCAGGUACAAAUUUGAUUCAAUAUAAAUAUUCAGAUAGUCAACAUAAUUGUCAUCUCACUGCACGGGCUGACUGGUGACUGGGCACCUAGCUGCUGCACAACGUGUCGUGGUAUCGAUUCCCACUCGGAGCAACUCUUUGUGUGAUCCCCAGAUUGUUGUUCUGGGUCUGGGUGUCAUCUGUAUGUGAAAUUGUA